AUGCAAACAGCCCUUGUGUGCCUGUGCCUGUGCCUGCUCAGCACGUCUCUCUCGAUACCUGUACCACCGCCACCAUCUGGGAGAGCUGCUGGGAACUGUGCAGGACAGCACCGGAUACUGCUGAAAGGCUGCAAUGCCAAGCAUGGCUUCUACGUCUUCAAAUACGUCUACUCGUUUUCAACGCGGAGGAACCAGACACAGAUAAAGAAGGAAGAAGCCGACAGCCAGAGUGCCAUCCCGGGCCGUCAGCUGGGUGAGGAUGAUGCCAGGCAGGGGCUGACGGAUGACGGGACAGCCCCAGAGCAUGGUGGCAACGGCAUCAUGGUUGUGAUAGAGAACGGGACCAGCCCCAGGCCUGGAAACCGCAGCACUGCAGGCACUGGCAGGGAUGCUCACAGACCUCGCCCGGGCACUGGCACACGAGCACGCGGUGGUGUCGGCAUCGCAGGUCCCACCCCAGCCAGCUCAGAGGGCAGCGGUGACCUGGAUUUGGUGCUUGAAGUUGAUGGUGGUGUUUCUAUUGUCCCCCAGGAGGGUGGACACUCCGGUGAGGCUGUGGCAGGGAACAGGUCCAGUGUCAGGAGUGAGGACAGGGAUGUUGGUGCUCCUGCGGGUGUUCCAGUGGAGGGGGCCAUGACAGCUGGCAGGGAGAGGGCCCCUGUCACAGGAGGGGCUGUGGAUGAGGGCAGCGGUGAGGCCAUCAUCCCUGUCCAAGGGCAGGAGGGUGCCAUUCAGGGCCCAGGGACAGGAGGAGCUGCUCUUGCUUCUGUCACUGAGAAGAUGGAGGACGUCCAAAUUGAUGCCAAAGGUGUGGAUGAAUAUGCUUACAUCCCUGACUCGAGCAGCAUCACCAUCACUCAUGGGAAGGUAGGCAGCACACCAAGGACCACCAGCUUCACCCAGAUCUCUCCAGACAAGGAUGACGAGGUCAACAUCUUCAUUGGGAGGGCCAAUAUCCAUGUGGGAGAGCAAGAAACCACCCACGCCGGUGCCACUGUUGGCAGGGAGGACAAUGGCAUCCACACUGCAGCAACCAGAAGCCCCCUGCCCAGGCUGGGUGUCACUGUGGCACAUGAUGGCAAUGAUGAUGAUGGCAUCCCUUCUCACAGGCAGCCUGAAGGACUGACCACCACAGCCACCCCAAGCCAUGGGUACAGCAUCACCAGCAGCCCCAGGUAUGGGCGUCCUACAGGAGACGAUGAGGAUGGUGCCACCACCAUUGGUGUUGGAGAAGGAUCAGUGACCCCCGGCCCCUUGGGGUUUGCUGGUGGUGACGUUACUGUCCCUGCGGGUGCUGGCAUCCAUAGGAAUGAUGAUGAUGAUGGGAGAGAUGGGGGGCAGAGGUCUGAUGGGAGGCCAGGCCUCCUGGUUGUCACCACCCCACAGCCAGAGGGCAACAAGGAAGCUGAUGGCACCAUCCAAGCUGAGGGAGCUGGCAUCCGCCUGGGCACCACCGUGGCCUCCCCUGGGGUGAGCGAGAAGGACUGCACCACCGCCCUGGAGACGGCUGGUGGCAGUGAGGCAGGGGAGAGCACCGCAGCAGGGCGAGAGGGGAGCAGGGAAGUGGGGUCAGCCACCCCACAGCCCCGCAGGGAGGGACAGCCCGGGGCAGGGGUGAAGGUCUGGCCGGGGGGGGCAGGGCUGGACAAGACCCCCAGGACGGACAAGGCACCAUCCUCACGCGGCAAAGCUGGUGGCCAGGCACUGAGCAGGACCCAGCUGAGGGCUGGCAGCCAUGGCAGUGAUGACGGGGACAGGACACGUCCCACUGCAGAGAGGGGCAGCGCCGCUCUGCCGGCAGGGCAAGGCAAGGGCAGUGUGGCAGCAGGAGGCCAGCAGAGAGAGAAGGGUGUGAAGGCAGGAUCGGCGGCGGCGGGCGCCGGGGCAGGCCGCCUGCCCGUGCGCCAUGGCAGGAGGCUGGGGGCCGGGGCGCCGGGCACGUUCGCAGCGCUGGGCCGCAGCAGGCAGCUGGACCAGAUGAAGCGUGCCGACGAGCUCCAUGUCCGCGAGCAGGCCUUCUAUGCCCUUGGCGGGGCGGGGGGCGGUCCCCACGGCCCCUACGCCAGCCUGGGGAGUGCUGACAGCAGCCAGUCCUCCGAGGGGGAGCGGGGCAGCCGCAGCGACAGCCGGCAGGCGGGGCUGCAGCCCGCAGAGUGGGGAGCUCCCCAUGACCAUUGGAGCCGGGGGACCCUCUGA